UGAGCUACUUCUUGCUCGUGUCAUUCGACUUUCAGUUUUGCUACAGGAAACACUAUCGGAGAAGUGUUGAAAAACUUGCAGUUUUCUGUGAUCUUAAACUGGAAAGCUGUUAGCAAUGAGUUCCAUCUGGCUGGCUGUUCUCGGUGCGUUAGUUUGUACUGCAACUCGAAGUUAUGGGGCAUCAUUGAACAAUCCAAAAGAAGAUAACAGGCCUAUUAAAAUUGUGGGCGGAGAGGAAGCGAAGGAUGGCGCCGCACCGUUUCAGAUUUCACUGCAAACCACCAAUGGUCAUAACUGCGGUGGCGCUAUAAUUGCUGACAAAUGGGUCCUAACCGCUGCUCAUUGCAUAGUUGGACGUAAUCCAUCAGAACUCAAAGUACUCGUUGGCACAAAUGAUCUAAAAAAAGGUGGCGAAAAACUUGACGUAGAUUUUCUCCUUACUCAUAGCAGGUACAACAAACCUUCGUACCACAACGAUAUUGGACUCGUACGCUUGGCAUCCAAUUUGACGUUCGGAGAUCGAAUUAAACCAAUUGAGUAUUCGGAAAAAUAUGUUCCAGAUAAUGCAACUAUAACAUUGACCGGUUGGGGAAGACUCUCCGCUGGCGGAACAGCUCCCAGUAAACUACAGACCAUAAAUCUUCUCAACGUAGAUCACGAACGCUGCAAAGAGCUUCAUGGUAAUGAUCCCAGUGUUGAUAUUGGACAUCUCUGUACGUUCACGAAGGCUGGUGAAGGCGCUUGCAAUGGUGACUCAGGUGGUCCGUUGACUCACGAAGGAAAAUUGGUGGCUUUGGUUAAUUGGGGUAUUCCAUGCGGACGUGGUUACCCGGAUGCACAUGCUAGAAUUUCCUACUACCAUGACUGGAUCCGAACAAAUGUAGCAAAUAAUAGCUAAUGAUUGCAGAACGAGCGUAAAGUGCAAUGAAAUAAAUUCUAUGUUCCUUGAA